CUCUAGCUAAUUUGCCCACUAUGCACGAAGGCUCAUAGCCACAUGAAUCCUACGCAGCUUUUUCUUUUUUCCAAUUAUAACAACCAUGAGAAAGGGUCAAAGGGUACCAAAUCCGCCACUCAAAACUAGGCUGUCUAAUAAUCUCUCUCGUUAUACGUGUCUGUCUCUGAUGAAAAUGUGCACUAAUUGAAAAAACCCUCCUCGAAUCGUGGUCUUUGGAGAUCCUAGUGCGGGAGUGGCCUUCACGAUCAUCCCAUCUCUCCUCGCAUACAUUGUGGACGAUACAUGUAAUUCGAAUCACCACAUGACCAUUUCCUCUUCCUUUUUCUCUGUUUGAACUUUCCAAUGCCAAUUAAGCCGUUUCUUCUCUCCCUCCCUCUUCUUCCAUCUUUGUUUCUGUCCUUUUUCUUACUGUCUUUUCUUGUUUGAAUGGUUAUCCUUUGUGGGUUUUCUUGGUUUUUGUCUUCUAUUCAACUUUCUAAGAUUCUUUGACUCCCUCUAUCCUCUUUUAAUAUUAUUGGGCUUUAUCUCAUAUUGUUGGUUUUGGGGGGUUUUAGAUUCUCUUUGUUUUCUUUUGCUUUUGAGUUCUAUUUCUCUUUUUCCCCACUUGUAUUGUCACAUAUUGUGAGUGAGAUACAGUGCUGCUGUUUUUGUUUCUGUUAAUUUUUAUGGGCUGUUGAUGUCUUUGGCGAUUGGUGCGGCUUCAAGUAUCAAAAUCAUGGGUUUUGAUGAGCAAAGCAACGAGGAGGUUUCAGAGACAAAAACAAUAGGAAAAACAUCUCCCGGUGAAGAAGAAGAACAUCAUCAUGAUGCACCUAAAAGCGGUGGAAUCAGUAGACAUGCAAGUGAGAGCUCUAUUUGUGCAACCGAGGAAGAAGAAGAAGAGGAUGAAGAGAGGAAGAUUGAGUUGGGUCCUCAAUAUACUCUCAAAGAACAACUUGAAAAAGAUAAGGAUGAUGAGAGCUUGAGGAGGUGGAAGGAACAGCUUCUUGGAAGUGUGGAUUUUAAUUCUGUUGGAGAAACUCUAGACCCAGAAGUUAAGAUCCUGAGCCUUGCAAUCAAAUCCCCUGGUAGAUCUGAUAUUGUUCUUUCUAUUCCUGAGGAUGGAAAUCUUAAAGGCACAUGGUUCACCUUAAAAGAAGGCAGCCGCUAUAGCCUGCAGUUUACUUUUCUGGUUGGGAAUAACAUUGUUUCUGGUCUCAAGUACACUAACACAGUUUGGAAAACUGGUGUGAAGGUGGAUAGUGCGAAGGAGAUGCUGGGAACCUUCAGUCCUCAGGCAGAACCUUACACACAUGAGAUGCCUGAGGAAACUACUCCAUCUGGUAUGUUUGCUAGAGGAUCAUACUCAGCUAGAAGUAAGUUUGUUGAUGAUGACAACAAGUGCUAUUUGGAGAUCAACUACACAUUUGAUAUUCGUAAAGAAUGGCUGUCGACUUAAAACUCUCAAGUUAAUUUUGUUUUCCCCUUCAGAUUUCAUUGUUGCGGCUCGAGUCAAUUGUUUGCCCAGUUUAAAUAUGAUUUGGAUGUUAAGAAAUCUUGUUUUCGUUCUCAUUUAUGAAUCCUGUCUGAGACUGGUCUUCUCAACAAUGAAGGGAGGAUUAAAAAUAUUGUUCAACUAGAUGUUCAUUUGGCAGCUGUGUUUAAUAAAAGUCGAUCUUAGUUUGAAUUA